UAUAGAGAGAGGAAGACUCAGAUGAGGAAGACUAAGAGUAAAGUUCAGGAGAUGAUCCAGGAGAGACUGCUGAAGGUUAAGGAGAUCAAACAUGCAGUAGAGCUCAGCAAGAGUAAUGCAAAGAGAGAGAUAGCAGACAAUGCAGAGGUCUUCACUGCUAUGGUGCGCUGUAUUGAGAGAAGCCAGGCUGAGCUCAUUGAGGUGGUUGAGGGGAAGCAGAAAGCAGCAGAGAAGCGGGCUGAAGGGCUCGUUGAAGAGUUGGAGCAGGAAAUCACUGAGCUAAAGAGAGGAAGCACUGAGCUGGAGCAGCUCUCAGAUAUUGAGGACCACCUUCUCCUCCUUUACAGCUCCCCAUCCCUCUGUACAACCCUUCCACACACAAAGAACUGGUCUGAGAUCUGUGUUCAUAGCAGUGUAGGUGUGGGGAUUCCGGGAAGAGUUGUGUCUCAGCUGGAGGAGACCCUCAGUAAAGAGAUAAAAAAUGUGUGUGUUGCUGAUUUGAAGAAGAUACAGCAGUAUGCAGUGGAUGUGACUCUGGACCCUGAUACAGCAUAUGCCAAACUCAUCCUGUCUAAGGACAGGAAACAAGUGAGAUACGGAGACAAAAAGCAGAAUCCCCCUUCCAACCCAGAGACGUUUGAUUAUCAUACCCGUGUUUUAGGAAAGGAGGGGUUCUCCUCGGGGAGAUUCUACUAUGAAGUUCAGGUGAAAGGGAGGACUUCGUGGGGUUUAGGAAUGGCUAGAGAGUCCAUCAUCAGGAAGGGGUGAAUCUAUUGAGUCUUGCCAAUGGAUACUGGGCUUUGGGGCUGGAGAAUGGGGAUGAGUAUGAGGUUUGCACUGGGUUUAAUGUCCCCCUCACCCUGAUAGAGAAGCCCCAGAAGGUGGGG